AUGGCUCAAAAAGAUGACCGGAUUCUAUUGUUGAAUGCUCCCCGUCUUCCACUUCCUGAUGAUAAGGUGGCUGAGUUAAUCGGUGAUCUUCAUGAUUACGCUCAUGCUCAUGGGCUCGUUAUGCGGCUAGCCAAUGACAAAAUGAGCAGCGCUGUUUGCCAAACGACUCCAUUGACACUUCUUCCUUCUCCAUUCCCGAAAAAUGUUUUCGAUGAUGCUGUUCGUAUUCAGAAUCUCUACGCUUCUCUCUACCAUUACAUUGCCUAUGAUUUCGAUUUCCUCAUUGAUAUUCACAAGAAUGUAGUGAAAACCGACGAAUUCACACGGAAUAUGGUAGAAAUCUUGAAAAAAGUGAAAGCACAAGGUCUAAAACAACCAAUUACUCUCGCGAUUCAACGAUCCGAUUAUAUGUGUCAUAAAGAUCAGUUCUCAGCAGAGUACGGACUCAAGCAGAUAGAAAUCAACAAUAUCGCCUCGUCAAUGGGUGCUCAUGCUCAACGACUCACUGAUUGGCACAUCAGAGUCCUGAAAGCAUUGGAAGUUCCUGAUGACGUCAUCAAAAGAGCGAUUCCUGAAAACAAACCGAUUGCAAUGAUUGCUGAGGCACUUUUCAAAGCUUGGUCUCAUUUCAAUAAUCCAUCAGCUUGGGUUCUUGUAGUCGUCGAGAAUGUAAAUCAGAAUCAAAUCGAUCAACGUCACGUGGAAUAUGAGCUGGAAAAAUUGGGAGUUCCAAUGACAUGCAUUAUUCGAAGGACUCUUACACAAUGUUAUGAGCAAUUGUCACUAAAUGAAAGCAGCGACUUGAUUAUCGACGGACGACCGGUGGCUAUCGUGUAUUUCAGAGCCGGUUACUCUCCAGAUCAUUAUCCAACUAAUAAAGAAUGGGAAGCACGUGAACGCAUGGAACUGUCCACUGCUAUCAAAACUCCAUGGAUUGGAUUACAGGUUGCUAACACCAAAAAAACGCAACAAGUUCUUUCCAAAGACGGAGUUCUCGAACGAUUCGUCGGUAAACCGCGUGAAGCACGUGAUAUCCGAACAUCUUUCGCUGGAAUGUGGGCGUUGGAAAAUAAGGAUGAAAUCACUCUGAAAGUUGUACAAGGAGCUCAAAAACAUCCCGACGCGUUUGUUUUGAAACCACAAACCGAAGGAGGUGCAGCAUUGCACACUGGAGACGAGAUGGUUCAAAUGCUUCAAGAACUUCCAGAAGAAGAACGUGGCGCUUAUAUUUUGAUGGAGAAAUUGAGACCUAUGAUUAUUGAAAACUAUCUGGUUGUGGCCCAGAAACCUGUGGCAUUUGCUAAAGCAGUCAGUGAGUUGGGAAUAUACGGAUACGCAUUUGGAGCUAAAGAUGCCCCGGAACUCAAGACCGCUGGACAUUUACUCCGAACAAAACCAGAAACUACGGCUAUGGGAGGAGUCGCUGCUGGGUACGCUGUUGUUGAUACUCCAUUCCUCUACGAAUUCAUCUGA